UGAUUGUCGGACCGACUUCCCCCAUAUCUAGUUCGACUCAGUUUUCGAAGCUCUUUCGAAUGACACCUCAUUUGUUGAAAUCGGUCCAGCCAAAAAAAACCCACUAUAAGUCACAACAUUCAAAAAAAAUUCUUUUUACCUUCUUUUCUUCCUUAUUUUCUUCAUUUAUCACAAUUUUAUCCUUCUUUUGUUUUUCCUCAUUUUGUAUUGAAAUCGCAGCUAAUGUAAGGGCCGAAAUAACUGAACGUUGGCGAUCCCAACUAUCAGCAACACUAUUAUUACCCCCACCAUCUCCACAACUAUUUGUGUUUGAAAAUGUUGAAUUAUUAUUUUUGUUUAGAUGUCCUUCUCUAACUUUAUGA